UCAAGCAAACAUUUUUCAUCGUGCUUCACAGAAUGGCUUUAUUUUUCAAGACUUUCGCGCUUGUAGCGUUUGCGUCAUACGCCUACUGCAGUCAUGCGCCAGGUUACUCGUACAACCGCUUUAGUGGUCCAGUGAGUGGCAAGAUUGUGGAGGUCCAGGUCCCUGCAGCUCACGGAGUACCAGCUCAGCAGCACGCAGACUACGGGUACGACCACCAAGCGGGCAAGAUCAACCCAGAGACAGCCAAAUAUGACCGUUUGAAAACCGUAGAUUAUGUGGCGAAACCCGAUUACCACUACGCAUAUGGCGUUGAAGACCCUCACACCGGUAACCAGCAGAGCCACAAGGAAUACAGAGAUGGCGACGUCGUACACGGAGAAUACUCUUUGGUGGAGCCCGAUGGUUCCCUAAGGCUCGUCAAGUACACGGCUGAUCCCAAAAAUGGUUUUCAAGCAACAGUUCACAAACAAGCAAAUCAUCAAGCACCAAGACCUGCUCCCGCGCAACACAGACAUGAAGAACGGGAAAACGACUAUUAG